CGGCGCCAAGGCACAGGUGGGGCGGGAGCGCCAGAGAGCCGAGCGCGGAGGCGCGGGGGGCGGGACGCGGGGCAGGGGAGCAGCCUGGGACCGCAGCAGCGCCGCAGCUCCCGGCGCCCGCGGCUGCCUGCCCCAGCCCCUCAGUGGCGGCUCGCUCUCUUCUUCUCUGGCUCGGAACCCGACACAGCUGCUGCCGCUGCCGCCCGGUGCGCUGCGAACUCCCGAGAACAACCCUGGCCGUCAGCGAGCACCAGCGGCUUCCUGUCCCCAGCGCCGAGACUGGAGGGGCGCACCGCGGCCACCGAGCCAGAGGCGCUUCAGGCGGCGAGAGAAGCCCCCGCGCGCCCCGGGGCCCGGCGCAGCUCACGGUGAGCGCACCCCGGGGAUCGAGGGUCCCUUGGCCGAGGGGGUGCAUCCUCUGGGUGCCCGAUGGGGCUGCCCGGGGGUCGCAGGGCUGAAGUUGGGACGGCUCACAGACUGCCCCUGCAGCCCAGCCAGAAAUGCUGCCGCCGGGGAGCAACAGCACCGCGUACCCGGGGCAGUUCGCGAUGCACCAGAAGCUGGCGCAGGGAAACGCCUUGGGGGGCUCGGCUGGGGCACCGCCACUGGGGCCGGCGCAGGUGGUCACCGCCGGCCUGCUGACCCUACUCAUCAUCUGGACCCUGCUGGGCAACUUGCUGGUGUGCGCUGCCAUCGUGCGGAGCCGCCACCUGCGCGCCAAAAUGACCAACGUCUUCAUCGUGUCUCUGGCCGUGUCAGACCUCUUCGUGGCGCUGCUGGUCAUGCCCUGGAAGGCGGUGGCCGAGGUAGCCGGUUACUGGCCUUUUGGAGCGUUCUGCGACGUCUGGGUGGCCUUCGACAUCAUGUGCUCCACCGCCUCCAUCCUGAACCUGUGCGUCAUCAGCGUGGACCGCUACUGGGCCAUCUCCAGGCCCUUCCGCUACGAGCGCAAGAUGACCCAGCGCAUGGCCCUGGUCAUGGUCGGCCUGGCCUGGACCUUGUCCAUCCUCAUCUCCUUCAUUCCAGUCCAGCUCAACUGGCACAGGGACCAGGCGGGCUCUUGGGGCGGGCCGGACCUGCCGAACAACCUGGCUAAUGGGACGCCCUGGGAGGACGUUUGGGAACCCGACGUGAGGGCAGAGAACUGUGACUCCAGCUUGAACCGAACCUACGCCAUCUCCUCCUCUCUAGUCAGCUUCUACAUCCCGGUGGCCAUCAUGAUCGUGACCUACACGCGCAUCUACCGCAUCGCCCAGGUGCAGAUCCGCAGGAUUUCCUCCCUGGAGAGGGCCGCGGAGCACGCGCAGAGCUGCCGCAGCGCUGCCUGCGCGCCGGAGACCAGCCUGCGCGCUUCCAUCAAGAAGGAGACCAAGGUGCUCAAGACCCUGUCGGUGAUCAUGGGGGUCUUCGUGUGCUGCUGGCUGCCCUUCUUCAUCCUUAACUGCAUGGUCCCUUUCUGCAGUGGACGCCCCGAAGGCCCCCCGGCUGGCUUCCCCUGCGUCAGUGAGACCACCUUCGACGUCUUCGUCUGGUUUGGCUGGGCCAACUCCUCACUCAACCCCAUCAUCUACGCCUUCAACGCCGACUUCCGGAAGGUGUUUGCCCAGCUGCUGGGGUGCAGUCACCUCUGCUCCCGCACGCCGGUGGAGACAGUGAACAUCAGCAAUGAGCUCAUCUCCUACAACCAGGACACCGUCUUCCAGAAGGAAAUCACAGCUGCCUAUAUCCACAUGAUGCCCAACGCGGUGAACGAUGACGAGGAGGAGGGCCCUUUCGAUCGCAUGUCCCGGAUCUAUCAGACGUCCCCAGAUGGUGACCCUGUGGCAGAGUCUGUCUGGGAGCUGGACUGCGAGGGAGAGAUUUCUUUAGGCAAAAUAAUACCUUUUACCCCAAAUGGAUUCCAUUAAACGGCAUUAAGAAACUCCCUCCUGGAUCUGCAUAACUGCAGUGACAUCGGCAAGCAUGCACACACACGCAAAUACAUGCCUUUCCAGCGCUGCCCAGUUUAUCAUGUGUUUCUGAGUAGUAGCUCCUGUGCUUAGAAACCUCACCCCAUUGAUUGGUAGUUCAAAGAAUUGGCAGAAGCAGUUGCAAUAAACUCAGUCAAAUGUACUUAGCCUGCCAGAGGUGAUCCUAUUAGAGAAGAGAGUAUGGUGCUGGCUCCUUAAAAAAAAAAAGUGAUACUUGGUCCUUAAAAAAUAUGCUCUCCCCUCCCUUUUUAAACAAAUGGCUUCUUCAGUCAUUGUUAGUGUUUAAAUUGAUUUUUAAACAGCAGGUUGGGUGUGUGUGCAAGGAUGUGGUGGGAGCAUAGCUUUCCUGGGUCUGGCUUGCCGUGGCUCUGUGCUAUGUCAUUUCUUCCCUCUGUGCUGGUGGGUGUCUCUAUAUAACAGCCGAGGAAUUCUCACUCAUUUAUUCUGGUGUCUAAUAAACACAAAUUAUUUG